GAUUGACUAAUAAAAAAGUUGUUUGCUUGUCAUUUUUAUGUCAACCCCUUAUAAUUAUUUCUGAAGAGUGAAUUGGACCUUGACUCAAUCAAUCCUCCUUUUUCUGCCAGUAAUUUGGGUCAAUUUGUUCAAAGAGCUACUAAUAUCCUCCUCUCUUUUUUUCCUUCCAUUUAAGAUGAAAAAAACAUUUGGUUGAUAAUUUUCCUAAAGGAAGAAGUCUUUUGUUUCGAAUAGUCCCGGGGUAAAAGGAGAGUGAACUUUACUCUCUCUAAUUAAUAAAUCUGUUGUUUCGAGUUAAAAAAAAAAAGAAGAAGAAGAAGUCUUGUUAAUUAGAAAAAAAAAUGAAGAAGAAGUCUAUUGUUGUCCAACAAAUUAGAAGCUUUUACUCCCCUAAUUUCUCAAGGUAAGUAAUAUUUGUAGGGCCAGUAACACAAAACAAUCGCAACAACUAGAUUAGGGCUCUAACUUCUCAUGAUAUAUAUAUAUAUAUAUAUAUAUAAGAACCAACGAGCUUCUUCUAUUCGUUAAGCUCUAUUGUUAGAUUCACUUGGCUCUCUGAUCUGUUUCUCUGAGUUAAAUACUCGAUUUCAAUUUUGAUCAAACGUUAGAAAGCUACAACACACUAAUCCUUCAACCAUAAAUGACAAAAGGUGUUUCUAGUUUCUCUGCAUCGACAGUGUUUCUCCGGCCAAUCCUGAUCGUCAACACAACGUCUUCUCCUUCGCCGGAGAUUGUUCGAAAAAGAUACCUAAAAUGGCCGCUAUGGAUCCGAGAGAUAAUGGCUACGUUACUCCGCUGAAUGAGCGGGAGAGAGCAGAAAAUUUGGAAGUUGGUGAAGUGGUAGAGGUUCAAGAUGAUCAAAGUGUGGUGUCACUUAUGUCCAAUGAUUCUGAUCUUCAGAAAAAGAUGAUGAAGAAAGAAGAGAAGAAGAAGGGUGGCUGGACAAACGCAAUCAUUUUGCUAGUAAAUCAAGGGUUAGCGACUUUGGCCUUCUUUGGUGUGGGAGUAAACUUGGUGCUGUUCCUAACACGUGUUAUGGGACAAGGUAAUGCAGAGGCUGCUAACAACGUAAGCAAGUGGACCGGAACAGUUUACAUGUUUUCUCUCGUGGGAGCAUUUCUUAGCGACUCUUAUUGGGGUCGUUACUUGACUUGCACGAUAUUCCAAGUCAUUUUCGUUAUCGGUGUUGGCCUACUCUCUUUUGUUUCUUGGUUUUUCUUGAUCAAACCUCGAGGUUGUGGCGAUGGGAACCUUGAAUGCAACACUCCCUCUUCCCUCGGAGUUGCUAUCUUUUAUUUAUCUGUUUAUCUGGUAGCCUUUGGAUACGGAGGCCAUCAACCAACGCUGGCUACUUUCGGUGCAGACCAGCUUGAUGAUGAUAAAAACUCCAAAGCUGCCUUUUUCAGCUACUUCUACUUUGCCCUCAACGUUGGAGCUCUCUUUUCAAACACAAUCCUUGUUUAUUUUGAGGAUAAAGGGUUGUGGACUGAAGGUUUCUUGGUGUCACUAGGCUCAGCUAUUGUCGCAUUGGUGGCCUUUCUGGCCCCAACAAAGCAAUAUCGUUAUGUCAAGCCAUGUGGGAACCCUUUGCCUCGUGUGGCGCAAGUAUUCGUGGCCACUGCUCGGAAGUGGAGUGUUGAUCGACCAGGAGAUCCGCAUGAGUUGUACGAACUUGAAGGUCCUGAAUCCGCUAUUAAAGGAAGUCGAAAGAUAUUUCACAGUACCAAAUUUGUCUUCUUGGAUAGAGCAGCAGUGAUUACAGAGAAUGAUAGGGACGAAACAAGGACCAAUGCAUGGAGGUUGUGUAGUGUAACUCAAGUAGAGGAGGCAAAAUGUGUGAUGAAGUUGCUUCCAAUAUGGCUCUGCACUAUAAUAUACUCAGUGAUCUUCACACAAAUGGCGUCUUUGUUUGUGGAGCAAGGCGAUGUGAUGAAUGCAUACGUAGGUAAAUUCCACAUCCCAGCAGCGAGCAUGUCGGUCUUUGACAUAAUCAGCGUCUUUGUAUCAACGGGAAUCUACCGCCACAUCAUAUUUCCUUACGUGAGACCCACGGAGCUUAUGCGGAUGGGUAUAGGGCUGAUCAUAGGGAUAAUGGCAAUGGUAGCUGCAGGAUUAACAGAGAUCCAACGGCUGAGACGAGUAGUCCCGGGGCAAAAGGAGAGUGAGCUCACCAUUUUAUGGCAAAUUCCGCAGUACGUGCUUGUGGGAGCAAGUGAGGUGUUUAUGUAUGUUGGGCAGUUAGAGUUCUUCAACGGACAAGCACCAGACGGGUUAAAGAACUUAGGAAGCUCGUUGUGUAUGGCUUCGAUGGCAUUAGGUAACUACGUGAGCAGUUUGAUGGUUAAUAUUGUUAUGGCCAUCACCAAAAGAGGUGAGAAUAACCCCGGGUGGAUACCGGAAAAUCUCAACGAAGGUCAUAUGGAUCGGUUUUACUUUCUGAUUGCUGCAUUAGCUGCUAUCGAUUUCGUGGUUUAUUUGGUCUUUGCAAAGUGGUACCAACCCAUAAGCCAUGAUGAAGAUAGCAUCAAGGGCGGUUCUUGUGGUAAUCUGAAGAAGACUGUUUCUGAGUUGGAACAAGUUUGAUUUUCUUUUCUGUUUAGAUUUUAAGUUUUAGGCUUUUAGCCCCAAGUCCUUUUAUUGGUAGAAGACGAUCUUUGUUAGUUUCUAGAAAUUUUCAAGUUCGCUUUAGGGAUACUGAAAGCAGAGCAUAAAUAAAUAGGUAGUUGUUGAAAUUCCUUCCGAUUCCUUCGCGUUAAUAAAAAAAGCUAGUCUUUUGAAUAAAAUCUUUUGUUAUCUUCAUAAUAUUAAUAACAAUGAAAUUCUUGUGUCUGUGAA